AUGGGACACAAGCUCGUGAAGGUGUUCAAAUGGACUAUCCACCAAAGUAUAAACCGACCCAUAACCCGAUCAAGCUCUACCAUCAAGGCCGUGACGAAGCUCUGUGACUUGGGUCGGGCUCUGAAGUCCGGAGCUAAAGGACUCUGUUUUUCUAAAUCAAAGUCAAAGUCCGAUUACAUUCUGGUGGGGCAAGAGAUCGACCCGAUUGAAGGGGGUGUACCGAAGGGGCACUUGGCAGUGUACGUGGGAGAGAAAGAGGACGACACGCAUAGAUAUUUGGUGCCUGUGAUUUACUUCAAUCACCCACUUUUUGGGAAGUUGUUGGAAGAGGCUGUGAACGAAUACGGGUUCGAUCACUCGGGUGGGAUCCAGAUACCCUGUCGGAUAUCCGAGUUCGAGAAUGUCCGGACCAGAAUUGCCGCAGCCGGUGGUGCCGACCGCCGUAUACGGCGGGGCUAG